AUGGAGUUAACAUUUGAGCAGAGGAAGAGGAGUGCUUCAAACACAGUUGGUCGCAUUGUGUAUGAAAGGAUAAUUCUUUUGUGCAACAUACUAGUGAGAAGGUAUUUUGUUUUAACAGCAAGUGACCUAGAGGAGUGCUACCAGAACCCUGAGUCCUUUCGUCAUGAGCAGGACAUGAUUCAGUGGACACAGAAAUUGAGGCCUUGUGCUUAA